AUGCUGCUGAGCGGAGCGGCAGCGGGCUCGGAGCGCGGCGGCGGCGGCGGCGGGGCCGGGGCCGCGGCCGGCGGGGCGCCGCAGUGCGUGGGCACCAUGGCCCGCUGGCUCCGCGAGCACCUCGGCUUCCGCAGCGCCAAGCCCGCGCCGCCCGCGCCGCCCAAGCCCGACUACCGCGCCGGGCCGCCGCAGCCGCCCCCGCCGCCGGGGGGAGCCGCCGAGCCGCUGCCCGCCGCGGCCCAGCCCGACAUCGUGGCCGCCUACCGCCUGCAGAAGGAGCGCGACUUCGAGGACCCCUACAGCGGGGCGCCGGCGGGCGCCGCCGCCGCCGAGGGGCCCCGCUACGUCUCGCCCAAGCACCGUCUCAUCAAGGUGGAGGCGGCCGAGAAGGCGCCCGCCAGCCCGCCGCCGCCACCCGCCGCCCCCGGCUCGCCCCCGGCCGGCCCCGAGCCGCCCGCCGAACUGCCGCAGGAGCUGGCUGUCCUGGAGGACUAUGCAGAUCCCUUCGAUGCUACACAAGUGGCUGGUAGCCAGACAGGACUUGAGAAGGUGAUGGAGAAUGAUGGAUAUAUGGAGCCGUAUGAAGCCCAGAAGAUGAUGGCUGAGAUCCGCCAGAAGGGCUUCAGGGAGGCUCCAGCUCGGCCACUACACCUCUAUGACACUCCCUAUGAGCCUGUGCUUAGAGGGCUGGACAUGGACAUUGACCGUCCGACUUGCCCAAGGCCCAGGGAGUCCCGACUGCCCGAGGAUGAUGAGCGGCCACCUGAGGAGUAUGACCAGCCCUGGGAGUGGAAGAAGGAGCGUAUCUCUAAAGCUUUUGCAGUUGAAAUCAAGGUCAUUAAAGACCUGCCAUGGCCACCACCAGUGGGACAGCUCGACAGCGGUGAAAGCCCCCCAGAUGGUGAGGCUGGUGCCUCCGUCCCUCUGCAGCAUGGCCAACUGAGCUACGAAGACGCCAACGGCCAAGUGGAGGGCCUGGGAUAUGGCCGUACUUCACCCUGCAGGGAGGAGAAGGCCAGGGCUGCCCUCAGGCAUGGGACCAGCAGCCUCAAGAGCACAAAGACACUAAGCUUGGAGCCGGCCCCAUUCCUUGGGGAGAGAAUUGACCCGGCCCUGCCCUUGGAGAGCCAGUGCUGGUACCACGGGGCCAUCAGCCGGACAGAUGCGGAGACACUGCUGAGGCUAUGUAAGGAGGCCAGUUACUUGGUGCGCAACAGUGAGACCAGCAAGAACGACUUUUCUCUUUCCUUGAAGAGCAGCCAGGGCUUCAUGCAUAUGAAACUGUCCCGAACUCAAGAGAACAAGUACGUGUUGGGUCAGCACAGCCCGCCAUUUGACAGCGUGCCGGAGAUCAUUCAUCACUAUGCUAGCCGCAAGCUGCCCAUCAAGGGGGCUGAGCACAUGUCCUUGCUGUACCCGGUGGCUAUCCGUACCCUAUAGUCCAUACACCACAUGAGCCUGGCUCGAGGCCGGGUGUACCCAAAGCUGGCCCAUCCUCAGGGCUGAGUGCUGUGAUGCCAAGGACGAGCUCGGCAAGGACAAGGACUGGCAGCCCAUGAGUGGCUCAUUGGGCACAGCUGGCACCGUCUGGGAUUGCUGCAGCCAGACCUCUUCUCCUGCUCUUGUGGGGUUCCUGUGUGCUGGUUUUUCUUCUAGGCUGACUACAGGAGAUUUCCCCGUGUGAGGAGCUGAGUUGGGCCUGCUGCCAUACUUGCCGGCUGCCUGCUGCCCUUGCCUGCCACUGGGCAGAGCUCAGGAAGCAAGAACUGAAGCUGAGGCCUUUGGAGAGGCCUGAGGCGGGACAAAGUGGGAGAAAACCUCUACCCAUGGUGCUGCACGUGGGAGCUGAAAUACCCAUGCCUGCAGCCAAGGAAGCCUGGAGCCAUCCCUGGCAGAGGGCAAGGGGUGCCAGGCAGAUCCUGCCUGUGGCUAGUGAGGAGCUGGGGGGCUGGGCUGGCUGGUGGGGCCCCAGUCCACGUGGGUGCUUGGUACUUGCCACCUUCCUUUGCCAAAUGUAAAUAGUGACCAUCUUGGCUGUGCGAGCAGCACCACUGCCUAAUAAAGCAGUGCAUAGUC